AUGCAGGGUAGUCAGUCAAAUGAAUUGGCCGUCUAUGUAUUGAGGCGAGGUCAAUUAAAGGCGCAGCUGACAAAAUUCCAAACAUAUAUCAAUAAUGUAGAUGUGGAUAACAAUAUCAUGCAGAUAAAGAUACGUCUAGAUAAAAUAAAAGAACUUUGGACUGAGUUUGAUGUAGUUCAGAAUAAUAUCGAGGCAUUAGAUACCAGUAAUGAGCAAUUGGACUACAGAGAUACGUUUGUAAAUUUAUAUUUUGAUAUAGUUGCAAAAGCAGAGACUAUGGUACAAGGUUCAAAUGUAGUUAGUGGCAUAAACAGGUUGAGUAUACCGGGCAAUCUUGCGCAAGGAGGUGACCCGGCGAUAAAAAUGAAGCCGUUAGAAUUACCGUCGUUUUCGGGAAAAUUUGAAGAGUGGUCCACAUUUAAAGAUUUAUUUUUGACCUUGGUACAUUUAAAUCCAACAAUAGCAGGUGUACAAAAAUUUGUAUAUUUAAGAAUGUAUUUGUGUGGGGACGCAUUGGCUCUGAUACAAAAUUUAGCGACCACAGGUGACAAUUACUCGAUUGCAUGGAACACUGUCGUAGAACGAUAUGACAAUAAGCGUAUUCUCAUACAAUCUUAUACGAGAAAUAUAUAUGAAUUAGAACCUAUGCAAAAGGAGUCGAGUGUGUGUUUAAGGAAGUUUACUGCUGAUUUAAACAUGAAUAUGCAAGCUUUAAAGGCGUUAGGUCAUGAUCCAGAUGCCUGGGGUGCGCUAUUAUUGCAUGUGAUUCUAGUCAAAUUAGAUUAUAAUACAAUACGAAAUUGGGAAUCUGUGGCGACCAAAGAUAUAUUACCCUCUAUAUCGGAGUUGACAACAUUUUUAAAUGAACGGUGUAAAAUAUUAGAGGCGAUUGAUACCUCAAAAAAUUUAUCGAAUAAAUUAAAUACGUCGCAUUAUACGCAGUCUAAGCAAAAUUAUCGCAAUCCAAAUGAUAAAAACGUCCAAUUUAAAAAUAAUAAAAAAGUAAAUGCAUUUGUUGCUACCAAUCGUUUAGCAUGUUAUUUAUGUAAACAGUCACAUCCUAUUUACAAGUGUCAAAAAUUUAUCGCACUCAAUGCGAAUGAAAGAGCACUAAAGGUUGAUGAACUAAACCUAUGUCGCAAUUGCCUGGGUACGGGACACACGGAUGUACAGGUGUGCAGGUCGAAAAGGGUAUGCUCCAAAUGUGAUAAAGCGCAUAAUACGUUGCUGCAUGGUGAUGUACCACAAGUUGUACAAAAUCCGUCUACGUCAAAUGUGUCUAAUUCGGAAGUGGUGGUGAGUCACGCCGCCCGUGGUCAAACGCGCGCACAAGUACUAUUAGCGACUGCAGAGGUACAUAUAUUAAAUGCAUGCGGCGAACUAGUUGUAUGCAGGGCAUUACUAGAUAACGGCUCACAGAUAAAUAUUUUGACCGAAGCAAUGGCACAGCGAUUAGGGCUUGCGAGAACAAAAAUAAAUAAAUCAAUAACAGGUAUAAAUGAGGUAGUGAGUCGUGCCGCGUAUCAGGUAACCGCGUCUAUUAAGUCACGUAUAAAUAAUUAUUCUGCCACCUUAGACAUGCUGGUAUUGCCAAAAAUUACCGGAAAACUGCCGACCAACAAUAUCGAUACUAACAAAUGGUCUAUACCCGCGGAUAUUAUGUUGGCAGAUUCUAGGUGUUUUAAGCCGGAAAAAAUUGAUUUAUUGAUUGGUGCCGACACCUAUUGGGAAAUAAUGUGCUCGGGAAAUUUCAAACUGCACACAAUGGGUCCGUACUUGCAGCAAACAAUGUUCGGCUGGAUUAUUGUAGGACCAGUGAAUGAAAUUUCAUCAAAAAAUAAUUCAAUGGCUUGCUUUGUAAUAAGUGAAGAUAAUUAUUCAAAUUUGGAAAAGGAUAUUGAAGAAUUUUGGAAAAUCGAAGAAUUUUCCAAUGCAAAUAUGGACGAAACGUCGGAAGAUAGUAUUUGUAGAAAACAUUUUGAAGAUCACAUAUCAGUAGAUUCCACGGGAAAAUUUGUAGUAAAAUUGCCGUUUCGAGAUAACGUAGACAUGUUAGGCGAGUCAUAUAACAUAGCGUUAAAAAGGUUUUUAUCGUUAGAGCGUCGUCUCGGGAAAAAUCCCGAGCGAUAUAGUCAAUAUAAAGGGUUCAUGGAAGAAUAUGAGCAUUUGGGACAUAUGGAGAAAGUUAAUGAGGACAAUGACCUAUCAGUGAAAACGUAUUACAUGCCACACUCUUACGUUCUUAAUGAUAGUAGCCGAUCAACAAAAUUACGAGUGGUAUUUGACGGCUCAUGCAAAUCAGAAUCUGGAUUAUCGCUAAACGAUGUAUUGUUAAAAGGUCCUAUAUUACAAGAUGACCUCACAUUAAUUGUUACGAGAUUUCGUACACAUAAAUAUGCAUUUUCAGCUGAUAUUAAAAAAAUGUAUAGGCAGGUAUGGGUUGAUAAUGCAGAUAGAGAUUAUCAGCGCAUAUUGUGGCGCGGUGAUCCUAAUGAGCCUAUUAAGAAAUAUAGAUUGUGUACAGUAACCUACGGAACGGUACCUGCAAGUUUCUUAUCGGUUGCGUGUCUUCAUAAAUCGGCGGAUAUAAAUAAAAUACGUCCGGAGAUAGCUCAGAUAAUAAAGCAUGAUUUUUGUGUUGACGAUUGUUUAACGGGCGCCUCAACAUUAUCGGAGGCUUUAAAUUUGCGUAAUGAAUUAAUUAAAUGUUUAAGUAACAAUGGAUUUGAAUUAAGCAAGUGGACAGCUAAUCAUGCCGAUUUAUUAAAAUAUAUACCAAUUCCUAAUGAAAACUCACUAUACUCGUUAAAUAUGGAAACUGAAGCAAUAAAAACAUUAGGUUUGUAUUGGGAUUCAAACUCGGAUAGUUUCAUUUAUAAAGUGUCUUUACCAAUACCUGAACAUAAGAUAACCAAACGAAGUAUUUUAUCUAAUAUAGCACGUCUAUUUGACCCGCUCGGAUUGCUCGGACCGGUUAUCGUGAUAGCUAAAAUAUUAAUGCAACAAUUAUGGAAAUUAAAAAUAAAUUGGGAUGAUGAAUUAUCAACAGAAAUUCAAAUAAAAUGGAAAAAAUAUUUAAAGGAUUUAAAUCAAUGCAAUAAUCUAAGUGUCCCGCGCUGGUUGCAGUGUGACGACACAGAAAAAAUAUAUAUACACGGAUUUGCCGAUGCAUCGUGCAAAGCGUACGGGGCUUGUUUAUAUGUAGUAUGCACGCGCGCGGACGGUAGUCGCCACUCACAACUAAUAUGCGCAAAAUCAAGAAUUGCGCCGAUAAGUAUAAUAACAAUACCGCGAUUAGAGUUAUGCGCUGCCUUACUAUUAUCAAAAUUAAUAAAAAAAAUAGUUCCAGCGUUACGAAUUAAUGUUACGAAUAUUUAUUGCUGGAGUGAUUCUAAGGUGGUACUAGCGUGGAUCGCAUCGGAUGCAAUGCGUUGGAAACCGUUCGUUGCAAAUCGUGUGAGUAAGGUUCAUAAUUUAACAUCACAGUAUUCAUGGUCGUAUAUUAAUACGAAGGAGAACCCGGCUGACAUUUUAUCCAGGGGAUGUGAUGUUCAAGAUAUACAAAAAAGUACAUUGUGGUGGAACGGACCAGCAUGGUUGACGGACGAGCACGCGAGAUGUGAAGAACUCUGUCAAGUACACGAAGAUGAGGAGACACUAUGUGAAGAGCGAAAGCAGUCGAACACAGUAGUAAUGGUCGCUGAAGUAAAGGCAAAUUAUUUUAUACAACUGUGUGAAAAAUAUUCAAAAUUAAAUCGGUUUCAGCGUGUGUUUGCCUAUACAUUGAGGCUCUUACAAAAUCAAUUUUUUGGGGAAGCGCUUCAAAAUAAAAAAUUGCAGUCAUUAAAUCCUUUCUUCGACAACGACAGUAUAUUGCGUGUGGGUGGCCGACUUGGAAACGCGACAGAUUUAACUUAUGACCAACGGCAUCCAAUUAUCAUACCAUAUUCGUGUCAUUUUGAUACACUAAUUUUUAGAAACGAGCACGAAAUGUCAUUACAUGCUGGGCCCCAAGCCAUGUUGGCAAAUGUACGAUUAACAUAUUGGCCGAUAAACGGUCGUCGAACCGCUCGAAAAGUCGCCCAUAAAUGUAUUGCGUGUUUUAAAAAUAAACCUAAUAUUGUAGAACCAAUUAUGGGUGUUCUACCAAAACCAAGAGUGAACCGACCACUAAGAUGUUUCGAAACUACGGGUGUUGAUUAUGCGGGACCAAUAUUAAUGAAGUCGCACGCACGUAGAAACGCACAGCUACAGAAGGCAUAUAUAUGCAUUUUUUUAUGUUUUGCAAGUAAGGCUGUACACAUAGAGCUAGUAUGUGAUCUCAGCACGGAUGCCUUUAUAGCUGCCUUGCACCGGUUUAUAUCAAGAAGAGGUAAAUGCCAUACCAUAUAUUCCGAUAAUGGUACUAAUUUCGUGGGUGCUAACAAAAAGUUAAGUGAUUUGUCCACACUUCUUCUUUCCGAACAGCACAAAAUUCGCGUUCAAGACACGUUAACACUACACGAAAUUACGUGGAAGUUCAUACCGCCUCGGUCCCCCCAUUUUGGUGGUUUGUGGGAGGCUGCAGUCAAGGCCGUAAAAAAACACUUGAAUCGAACGAUUGCAAAUUCACGGUUAACUUAUGACGAACUAUAUACGGUACUAACACAGAUAGAAUGUUGCUUAAACUCCCGUCCUUUAAUCCCUAUAUCCGAAGACCCUACGGAUUUGAAUGUCCUUACUCCCGCCCACUUUCUAAUAGGUAGCUCACUACGCGCACUGCCUGAGCCUGACGUGAGAGAUAUAUCUAUUAAUAGAUUGUCUCGAUGGCAAAGAGUGCAGCAACUUGUCCAACACGUUUGGGCACGAUGGAGCAAGGAGUAUUUGGGGCAACUACAAGGACGAAACAAGUGGUCCAAAUGCAGAGGACCAUCCAUUCAACCUGGGACGAUGGUGUUAAUAAAGGAGAAUAACUUACCUCCUUUAAAGUGGUUAUUAGGCAGAGUCACAAAUGUUCACCCAGGACCUGAUGGUGUCAUAAGGGUAGCUACUGUGCAUACGAAUUUGGGAUCAAAAAAGCGAGCUGUUCGGUUAUUAUGUCCAUUACCCAUAGACACAUGA